UUUUCUAUUUUGCUUUCCAGGGUCCAGUGUUCCCUUUGAUAUCCAGGAUGCUAACCUCAUGGGUUACAGUAAAACAGAGUCUAGAAGAUGUAGGUUCUCUGGCUGUGGAUGUUUUUACAACUGGUAAAAGGGAUGGCUCGCAAAGAGUUAUCAUCCUCCUCCUUACUUGUAGCUUCUCAAGCCUGCUGGUCAGCACGCUGCUCCUCCUGUACCUUCUCUACACUCUGGACUAUGAUAUGGCAGUGGCCGGAGGGAUCGCUGGCUGCUUUGGGACAAUACUUACCAUUGCUCUCUUCUUAUCGAAGAGAGUAAGAUGCUUAGGGACUCUCUUCAUGAUCUCUAUUUUCAUGAAGAAGAGUCGGACCUUGCUGCUCACUGCGGGUACCAGUCUGGUUGUGGUGAAAAAUAUCCGCAACACCUUGGAGAACCUCACAGGCCUUCUCAGAAGUAUGAUAUGCAACCUCAAGGCAAAGAAAGCAGCCAUCGCCGCUCCAUUCAGCAACUAUGUGAAGAUGUUAAAGUGGAUAGGAAACAUGCUCAAAGGGAUUACAGACCUGGGAGUAGUGAACCUUGACCCCCAGCUCAAGGUUUCGCCGAGACUGGAAUCAGAAAAAUUCCGGGAGAAACUUGGUGAAGCGGAGCAGAGGCUGAAUGAGACGGUGAAAUAUGUGCAGUCCCUCGUGAAUACGGUCUCCUCUGUGACCGACAGGAUGUUCCCCGCGAUCAGCUUCCUUCUGCUCAUGCUGUUCAUAGCCUUGCACAUAAAGAAAUACUGCAGUGACAUGAAAUACGAAAACAGGUUCAUCAGCAGCAGAUUUAUUCUCUUUGACGAGAAGCAGAAGGCCGAAGGAAAGCCCCACAUCCUUCCCCUCACUCAAGACGAGAGGGAGAUGUUCAUUGCGCUCACCUCCAUCUGUCCCACUGCCAGAGAAAGGAAAGCUGUACUGAAGUUUGGUGUUUCAGUUGUAAUUCAUUUUGUGGCUUGGGUCAUUUUUAUAACCGUGGAUGCCUUGUUGUAUUGUUUUGUGGAUAUUGUGACAACAAAGUUGUCAGAGCUGGAACCGUUCCAUGUCCCCCUGUUAAUGAGCAUCAAAGGUGUUGCCACUUUAAUUGGAAUCACAUUUAACGAGGAAAACCACCAAAAAGACUUUUCCUACUCCGUGACCUUGUUCGAGAAGAAGUGCCUUCCUAAACCCAAGCUGCUGCUCUAUGAAUCCAUAUUUCCACUGGCUGUCAUCCUGCUCAUCCUGCUCAUUAUGGCCCUGGUGGCUGCCAAAGUGGUUCAGCUCAGACUGAUGGUCUGCGAGCGGUUCUUCUCUACUGCUGCAGAGGAGAGAGUGGAGUAUUUGCACGCCAAAAUCCUACGGAAGAGAUUGAAAAGGAGGAAUGAGGAAAACAACUGCAGCCUCAGAUCACUAAUUGCAAAGCUACAUUUCUGGUUCCCGCUGCUCUUUCGACCAAAAGAAGUAUCAGUCAGUCAGACCAACAGGCACCAAAUGGCAAAAGUUGUCCUGCCAUGAUGCUAAUGACUUUGGAGACUUUGUAAAAAUGCCUCAGUGGACUGCCAUGAAAUAUGGUACAGACUUCAUUCUUAGCCCUUCGUGGCUCUUUGUGAACCAACACCAGUAGGUCAAGCUUUUCAUUGUUGUUUCCUCGUCUUAUUAAUUCCGAUUUUGAUGGAGCCAUGGAGAUAUAGAACAAAAUACCCACUUCAAUUCCAUGUAAAGCAGCUCGUUAGGUUAAAUAACAGGUUGAUGUUAAUAAUGUUCCUCACCAUGGAGAACAGUUUGUCAUGGGAACACUUUCACAUCGUUAACAGCCAACCAAAUUACUGACGACAGCUUUAAUGAGCAUUCAGAGCAACAUGUCAUUUGACUUUUCAUAUAACAUCGACAUAAACUUCCUCAAAAUUUUUAUUUUCAGUCAUGGACUCUGUGUAUGUUUAUAACACACAGACAGAUAGACAAACAGCUUAUAAUAACCUAAUAUACAGGCGCAGGCCGCCCCACUGUAAUAUUUUCCUUUUGUGACAUAGUAUACCCUAUACUAUGUGGUGUAUAUGACAUUUUGAACGGCUUGGUAAAAUAAAGGUAUAGGUAUAAUAGGUAUAGUUUUGUUUGUCACCACAGUGUUUAGAGCUAAAAUAUAUUUAAAAA